ACUCCAUGAAAAAGCCCAGCUUCCUUCCAUGUCCGACGUGAGGUGGAAAACAGAGAGGAGUCCGAGGAAGUCCCACCGCUGUGCCCUCCACGGGGCUGGAGAGACCGAGAGGAAGCGCAGAAGGCGGGGCGCAGGGAGGGGGGGGGCGACUCCUGAAAUGACCAGACUGCCAGACGACUAGAAGUUUGUGGACAGGAAGGUUUCCGUGCCUCGCGUCGACUUAGGGAGCAGGAACUGCGCUGCGAUUUCUUGUGUUCACUCGCUCCCCCGAGGAUGCUUUGCUUUGCAGUGCGGUGAGCCCGCACGGCCCUGCGCCCAGCCAUGCGCCUGCGGGCCGCCAGGUAGGCGAAGGCGGGCGGCGUGCAGCCCGGCGCUCCACGCGCUCUGGAAGCCCCAGCAGCCCCCGAACCCCCAGCAUGAGCCGCCCAGAGGGCAGCCAGGGCAGCUGCAGCGGCCGUGCGGGAGGUGCUGAGAAGAAGAUGCUGAAGUGCGUGGUGGUGGGCGACGGAGCGGUGGGCAAAACUUGCUUGCUGAUGAGCUACGCCAACGACGCCUUCCCGGAGGAGUACGUGCCCACCGUGUUUGACCACUAUGCAGUUACGGUGACAGUGGGAGGCAAGCAGCACUUGUUGGGACUCUAUGACACUGCCGGACAGGAGGACUACAACCAGCUGCGACCUCUCUCCUACCCCAACACCGAUGUGUUUUUGAUCUGCUUCUCCGUGGUCAAUCCUGCCUCCUACCACAACGUCCAGGAGGAGUGGGUCCCAGAGCUGAAGGACUGCAUGCCCCAUGUGCCUUAUAUCCUGAUUGGGACCCAGAUUGAUCUCCGGGAUGACCCCAAAACCUUGGCCCGUCUGCUGUACAUGAAGGAGAAACCCCUCACCUAUGAGCAUGGUGUGAAACUUGCCAAAGCGGUACAGUCAGAUUUGAACUCAGUUCUUCAUGCAUGCCGAAGGAUGGAUCGGAGCCCAGUGCUACUUGGAGUGCUCAGCCCUGACGCAGAAAGGUCUCAAAGCAGUUUUUGAUGAAGCACUCCUCACCAUCUUCCACCCCAAGAAGAAGAAGAAAGGCUGCCGGGCAUGUUGCAGCGGCUGUUCCGUUGUCUGAAGUGUCCUGACUGACAAGACCUCCAGCCCCAGUACAGGGCUGGACCAGACAGGAAGUCCUGCCCCGCAGGAGAGCCCUCCACCUUGCCAGCCAUCCUGAGCACAGCGCCCUGCCGACCAGCUGCCCUUUCCCACACUCCCCCAGGACCCCGCUGCACAAGGUGGAUGUGAGGUCAGAGGUCAUCCAACAAGGUCCAUCUCCUGCUCAUGAACUCAAGCUGAUAGGAAAUUGUCGCAGGAAAACCAAAGGAGUGCUGGUUCCUGAACUGUGGCCUUAAUCCCUGUCUCCACAAAACUGAAGGAUACAACACUAACCUUUCCUCUUUUGCUCAUGUGUCUUAUAUGCAUUUAUAUUAUAAGCCAUUGCCUAAUUUCCAACUUCCUCAGGCCUUAACAAAUCCAUACCAAAGUAGCCUAAGGACAUGGGAGUAGAUGGAUGUUCAUUGCUAUUUUCAGCAGGUUUCAGCCAACUUAUGAGAAUCAACGUGUGUUUCUGAAUGCUUGAUUGUAAGGAAACUUUAAAAAACACUUUUAUAAAUUUACAGAGCCAUAAGUUUUAAACCUGGUGGGAACAAGACACUAUGAUAUUGCAAGUCAACAAUUUUGCCAAAGAUUUUAACCUAUAAAUUGCUUACAUUGAUAAGUGGCUGCUUUUUCCCAUAUCAUAUGAUCAUGUAAACCAAAGAUAAACUGUGUUUAAGAAAGUA